GCAGUGGUUGCCAGAGACGAAACAAACAGUGUCACGUGACUGGAUGCGGAAAUCCCAGCGUUGUUAUUCAGAAAACAAGAUGGCGCACCCGGGAGGAGACGGAAAUGGUAAUUCCACGGAACAGUUACUGGAACUGGGAGCGGACUUGCUAAAAGAUUUCAUUUUCGAGCGAGUUCGCCGCUACGGAGACGGCCGCUACGGAGACGGCAACGCCGUGGUGGUGGUGACCCGGGACCAGCUGGGCGGAGGCGAGCUGUGCAAUGCCAACCAUAAGGAGCUGGCACAGUGCCUGCAGAAGAUCGGAGACGAGAUGGACGGCAAUGUAGAGCUCAAUAAGAUGAUAGAAAAGUGUGCACCCAACAAGGAGUUCUUUAUGAAAGUGGCCCUUGAAAUCUUCUCAGAUGGAAAGUUCAACUGGGGCCGAGUGGUCACCCUCUUUUACUUUGCCUGUCGACUCGUCAUUAAAGUUCUCCUGGAUAACGUUCCUGACAUCAUCAGAACCAUCAUCAACUGGACUGUGGAUUACCUCCGUGAAAAUGUUCUCAACUGGAUCAGGGAUCAAGGGGGCUGGGAGGGUAUUCGAGCCUACUUCGGCACUCCCAAAUGGCAAAUGUUGGCCAUCUUCUUGGCUGGCGUUCUCACCACCGUCAUCGUGACUCGUAAAAUGUGAACAGUUUCGUGAAGGCUGAGCGAGGAGGAGGAGGGCGUCUGCGUCUUUUCGUGGGCCCGAGCGAGCGGACCUGGCAGGAAGGAGAGGAGACCGAGCGGCCGAGCUGAACAAAAAUACUUGAAUGUGGACGAGAAGAAGACUUCUUUGCGUGUUUUGAGACGCCUGACUGCGGCGCCGCGGCCUCUCCCGCCCCCCCGGCAGCAUGCCACACUCUGAGCCAGGGAUUUCAUUGUCAUUGAUUUUUUUACUCGGUACAAAUAACAAGAAAGUCACUGCGUCUUGUUUUGUGCUGUAAUUUACAAUUAUUUGACAAUCCGCUUGCAUUUUCUUUUUCUGCGGGAUUGGAUCCCUGUGAACAAUCGUUCUCUGUCAGGAAGAGGAGAAUCUUGAGGUGGCCAUUUUGGUUCUUCUCACGGGUAUCGUAAGCAAUACAUGAACAAUUCAACAUGGAUUUUUGUUUUCUUCAAAAAUACGCUCAGUCGCACACGACCAACAUUUGUCACCAACCAUCCAUUGGUUUACCUCACUUUACACCCGUUUUAAAAGUACUGUUCUGUAUUCUUCCAACGUCAAGUUAGUCCUUUAGACCUUCAGCAGCAAAUGACUUUUAUGUUUGUCAGUGCCUUUCUUGCUUCUUUUUUUUUUUACAAUACAAUUUGUAGACCUUUUUCUAUCACAUUUCUAAAAGUUUUGUGUCCAAAAAAAAUACUUUGCAAAGAGUUUGUAUGUUGUAAUAUGGAAAUAAAACAUUUAAGGUCUUA